GCCCGGGCUGGGGCCGGGGCUCCCCGCCGUCCUCAUGAGCUGGAUGUAGACUCCGAGCUGCCACAAUCGCGCUUUAUCUGAGGGGAUUCUUUCUUUUUGUUUUUAUUAUUUUUUUCCUUUUAUUUUCUUAACAGUCUAUUUUUCUACACUUUGCUAUUAAAAAGAAAAAAAUGGUGCUGGGGAAGGUGAAGAGUUUGACAAUAAGCUUCGACUGUCUGAAUGACAGCAAUGUCCCCGUCUACUCCAGCGGGGACACAGUCUCAGGAAGGGUCAAUUUAGAAGUAACUGGGGAAAUCAGAGUGAAAUCACUUAAAAUUCACGCGAGGGGACACGCUAAAGUGCGCUGGACUGAAUCGAGAAAUGCUGGAUCCAACACUGCCUAUACACAGAACUACACUGAAGAAGUGGAGUAUUUCAACCAUAAGGACAUCCUAGUCGGCCACGAGAGAGAUGAUGACAAUUCAGAAGAAGGUCUUCACACCAUUCAUUCUGGAAGGCAUGAAUAUGCAUUCAGCUUUGAGCUUCCACAGACACCACUUGCUACCUCAUUCGAAGGCAGACAUGGCAGUGUGCGCUAUUGGGUGAAAGCCGAAUUGCAUAGGCCUUGGUUUCUACCAGUAAAAUUAAAGAAGGAAUUUACAGUCUUUGAACAUAUAGAUAUCAACACUCCUUCAUUACUGUCACCCCAAGCAGGCACAAAAGAAAAGACGCUCUGUUGCUGGUUUUGUACCUCAGGCCCAAUAUCCUUAAGUGCCAAAAUUGAAAGGAAGGGCUACACCCCAGGUGAAUCAAUUCAGAUCUUUGCUGAGAUUGAGAACUGCUCUUCCCGUGUGGUGGUGCCAAAAGCAGCCAUUUACCAAACACAGGCAUUUUAUGCCAAAGGGAAAAUGAAGGAAGUCAAACAGCUUGUUGCCAACCUGCGUGGGGAUUCCUUGUCAUCUGGCAAAACAGAAACCUGGAAUGGCAAACAGCUGAAAAUUCCACCUGUUUCUCCUUCAAUCCUUGACUGUAGUAUAAUCCGCGUGGAGUAUUCACUGAUGGUAUAUGUUGAUAUUCCAGGCGCCAUGGAUUUGUUCCUUAAUUUACCACUGGUCAUUGGUACCAUUCCUCUACAUCCGUUUGGUAGCAGAACGUCAAGUGUGAGCAGCCAGUGCAGCAUGAACAUGAAUUGGCUUGGUCUGACCCUACCUGAAAGACCAGAAGCACCUCCUAGCUAUGCAGAAGUGGUCACGGAGGAGCAGAGACAGUCCAGCCUUGCACCCAUAGGUGGUUGUGAUGACUUCGAGAGAGGGCUUCCAGGACCAUUGUUUGCGUACAUCCAAGAGUUCCGUUUUCUGCCUCCACCCCUCUAUUCAGAAAUUGAUCCAAACCCAGAUCAGCCCACGGAUGACAGACCAUCCUGCCCCUCUCGCUGAAGGAAUCCGUCGGAAGCUGACUUGACUUGGGUUUUAUAAUCACACCUGCGUGUUGAAGGUCAAGGCAUCACAGUGGAGACACACUUUCAGAGGAAGUGGUUUUGCUCUUGCCUGUAUGGUGAAUCAAAACAACCUGUGAUCAUGCUUUGAAGCCUACAGUAACAGUGUAGGACUGCUCCACAUGCUUGAAGACCUGAGCUGUUUUGGUUUUUUUUUCCCUUACUCCUUAAAUAUUGGCACAUACUAGGAGCAGCCUUACUAACAACCUGCAGUCAUGUGUGUCAAAACACUCAAACCACAUUGUAAGAGGGAUGGCUUCCUCUUGAGAUUCAGAAAUUUGCACAUGCUCACUGCUCAUGUUGUGCGGUUCAGUGUCACUACAGCUUUUUUUUCCCCUCAUUUAUGCCAGACUGUUGUUAAUUCCCUCUUGUUUGUGGUCCGCACAAGAAGAAGCAACAGAAAGCUUUGGGGAAAAAAAAAAAAAAAAAAAAACACAAAACAGCAACAGACUUACACAAAUGCACUGACUUUUUUCUUUUUUUUGUUUUGUUUAAUUUAAUGUAGCCUGGACUUUACCCACAUAUGCACAUGCUCAGAAUUGUUCUAGUAGGCUGAUCAUGUAUCACCUCUUCAGCUUGGAUCCUAUGGUGGAUUUGUUGACAAACAUCAAAUGCCUUCAAGCCAAUCCUUCUUGCUGUAUGUUUGCAGCCUACUGUAGUAGAUAAGCAACAGAUGUGGGACUGGGGUGGAGGGGGAUGGAGAGUUAAUAGAAAGAACCUAAUAGACUUCAUCAAGAUUGUAAACCUUCUUGAUUUCCUUUAAGAAUUUGUUGCCUUUCUACUAUCCUCGCAAAGCAGCAUUUUGUUACAGACUGCCUAAAAAAAAAAAUCACUUAAUCUCAGGUGAACUCAUCACUUGCCAAACUGUUGGAAUGCUAUUUGUUUUGUUAUGUUGCACUGUUGAGUUACUUCUCUUUUGUUUUGUGUUUGUGGUUUGUUUUUGUUGGUGGGUUUUUUUUUUUUUAUUCUUUACUCGAGAGGGGGAUCUGGAAGAGGGACAUGCACAAAAGUUAUAAAACCCACCCUCAUUCCCACUUGUAUUUCUAUAUUGUAAAGAUGUUCAAGUUGUGAAGCUUUAAAAAAAAAACACAAAUACUAAAGGCACAAAUAAAAGCAGCACCAGCAGGCAUCAGCUCAGCCUCAAAAAAAAAUAGUCGUACACUGUCUAGAAUUGCAGACAGGUCAAUAUCUCAAGUAAUAGGGAUGGGAAGGGAAAGUAAAUUUAUUUUUGUAUGUAGUUACCUAAAUCACCAAAAAUUCUAUAUGUAAUGAGUCUCUAGUAGAAAGUAUAUUUCAAACUGCCACAAAAGCUUGGCCUAUGCUAAGAGCUCAGUUUGUGCACUUUGUAUUAUCUUCAGGGUUUAUGAUACUGUAAAAGUAGACUAGAAGUACAAUUAAAUGGGGCAAGAUCAGUGUUACCAGCCGUACUUGGAUACUAGUUAGCUAGAGCUGCUUGGGUUAUUGCAUGUUCUGUGGUACUCUCAAGAGCUUUAAAAGAAACAAAAUGGGGAUUUCACUAUGUAUCCUUGGCAAAUGCAAAAACACUCUAGCGGUGAUCUUCGGAGGGCCCUUCCAAACCCUACCAGUCUGUGAAACUGAGUGUGCUCCGAGGACAGAAUGACUAAAUGGAGCCCAUGGGAUGUGCUAACGCAAACACCAGCACUCACAUGUUAGAGAUGGACAACAAAAAGUCAGCUUUACUUUUCAGACAUUGUGUGUAACACAGUCCACUGAGAAAGGGACACACUUCUAGUGUUGAUGGCUUCAACCAAGACGUGAUCCAUCAAGUAUCUUAUCUCCUUGUGCAAUAAAACAGCUUGGAACGGAGCUGGCAAGGGGAGGCUGGUGUUUUCUGCCUGGUGGUGGCUCUUGACAAACAUCUGGCUUGUUUUUAAGGCUUCAUAAAUGUGACAGAACAGGCUUUUCCAUAAGUGGCCUUUAUGAGAACAUGAAGGAUCAUUCAUGUUUCAAAAGUGACAACAGGGUGAUAAAAAAUAACGAGUCGCGUUUUAAGUGACUCAGUUAAAAGGCUUGGGCUUCGAGCGGAAGUAUUGGACAAGAAGGAAAUUGGGUGAUGUCUUAGGUUAUUAGGCCAGUUUUGUGAAUGUCCCUCUCCUCUACCCUCUCCAGACAAUUUGUAAAGCUGAUGGGAUCGUUGGCAUAAAAGGGCAUUUGGUGGUUUUACUUUUUUCUUUUUUCUUUUUGUUUUUACUUUUUGUUUCAGUUUUUUGUUACUUUAACAGACUAGGGAACAAUUGCUGAUACACGUAGCACUAAAGUACUUAUCACGAUAUGAUGGGAAAAUGGCAUACAAAGCAGGAUUGACCAAUAUCGUAGUAAUUGACAUGGCAUUACAGCCUAUGUGAUUGGGGUCAACAAUUCUUCAACUGUUCCAAAUAAAAAAGGCUUCUUUUUUUCAGUUUUUUUUUUUUCUGUUGUCAGAGGCAUUACUCUUCCACAAGUAUUGGUCAAUUCUCAGCAUUACAAAACAUGAGGUUCACAGUUGUAGCCCAGUAUCUGGUAUAGAAUUCUUAUCUGAAUUAGGAAAAAGUAAGUAAAAUCCAAACAUUAGACAAAGUGCAAUAUUAAAUGUUUGCUUUAUAGAUUACAUUCUAUGGCUGUUUGUAAUUUUUUUUAUUAUUAUUUUCCUUGGUUUUAGUUUUGGUGCUGAGUAUGUCCUUGUAGACUCUUGUUUCAAGAAAACAAUAUGUGGAAAGCAGUUUAAUUUUUCCUAUUGCUCUUCCUUGUGGAAAAUAAACUUCCUUUUUCUUUUAAAAAAACCAAAAACGAAAACCAACAUCUUUUUAAAUGUCAAAUAACUUCUUACAUACAACCUAAAUAUCAGAUAUAUAAAUGACAAGAGAUGGAACAAGAGGAAGCAGCCUCAAGCUACAAGGGGAGGUUUAGGUGUGGAUAUUAGAAGAAAUAAGGUUGGCUAUUAGAAGGAACUUCACUGAAAGAGAUUUCAGACGUGGAAACGUGCUGAGGGACAUGGUUUAGCACCACGUUUGGUAGAGCAUGAUUGGACUUAACAGG